CGCAACGCGGUGACAUCAUCCAAACGCGGAAGUGGAAUGUUACAUUUACAGUUACAGUGAAAGUGAAAACACGAGGGAUUGAAGUCAUGGUUUUAUUAUCCAUGGAUCAAAAACACCCCAGCAGCCUUGCCAGAUAUCUAGAUGGAGAAUUCUGGGAGAUUAGAGAUGCUUUUCGUGACGCGAUUUCAAAGUGUGAACUGUUUCAGUCCAGCAGUUAUGAGCUAACUCUGGAUCAGAGGAGAGACCUGACUGCAGAGAGGCUUCAUCACUUGUUAAGUCUGCCUUUCAUGAAAGAACACCUUCGAAAUCAGCUAAAAGAGAAGCAGAAAGACUUCACAAACAAGAGUUUAAGCUUCACAGAGAUCAUCUGCUCCGCUGACAUGGCCACGGGAGUCAAGCUUGGUGUUGUGUGUGGCCUGUACGGAGGUGCUGUCAAUAAUCUAGGCAGCCCAGAGCAGAAGAUGAAGUGGUAUCUCCCCGUUUCAGAAUUAGAGUUUACAGGCAUGUUUGCGAUGACUGAAAGGGGGCAUGGUAGCAAUGUUCGAGGCAUUAUCACUGAGGCGCGAUACGAUCAGUCCACACAGGAGUUUGUUAUUCACACACCUUCUGAAGAUGCUCAGAAAAUGUACAUUGGGAAUGCAAUGAAAGGAAACAAUGCUGCUGUGUUUGCUCAGCUCAUUAUAAAUGGAGAAUGUCAGGGUCCCCACUGUUUUAUUGUACCAAUCCGUGAUCAGAAUGGAGUCAUGUGGCCGGGAGUGACGACCAUUGACAUGAAGCACAAGGAAGGUCUGAAUGGAGUUGACAAUGGCAUUUUGAUAUUUAAUAAUGUACGGAUACCACGGGAAAAUCUGCUGAGAAAGUUUGGUUCUGUAUCAGCAGACGGUUUGUACUCUUCUCCCAUCCUCAAUAAAAGCAGUCGGUUCAAUGCAAUGCUCGCUGCUCUGACGCCCACCCGCCUGUGUCUCGCCGUACAAACCAUGGCUGCCAUGAAGCUGGGGCUCAUCAUUGCGGUACGCUACAGUCACAGUCGCAGGCAGUUUGGUCCGAAGGACCAGGAUGAGGUGAAGAUUAUUGAGCAUCAAACACAGUCCCUGAGACUGAUGCCACACCUGGCUGCUGCUCUCGCACUUACUUUCACCACCAGAUACACUGCAGGUUUGAUGGAUGAUGCUUUGUGUCAGGGUCAGGACCUUCAAAGCAAUCGCGCUCUGCAAGCUCUCAUCGCAGGACUCAAAGCCUACAGCACGUGGGAGAAUGUCGCGUGUCUGCAAGACUGCCGUGAGUGUACUGGCGGCAUGGGCUUCAUGAUGGAAAACCGCAUUCCGUCUCUGAAGUGUGACUCAGACGUCUUUGUCACAUUUGAGGGCGACAACAUGGUCAUGCUUCAGGUGGUGGUACGAGAGCUGCUGACCCAGUACACUAAACAGAUGGGGAACAACCUGGUAAUGGGACUGAUUAGAAACUGGACCACCUCACUGUCAGACAGCCUCAGAACCAGCUUUCUUGGCUUCAGCAUGGACAAAGUAGGAGACCUAAUGUUCUUGCUGAAAGCAGUGAGCUACAGGGAAAGGGUGCUACAGCGCAGUCUGGCAAGUCGACUUUACACUAAGGUAGAGAAAAACAAAGAGGAGUUCUUCAUGGCCUGGAAUGCUUGUUUACAUCACGUGACCGCUUUGGCUAUGGCACACAUACACAGAGUGACCUUGGAGCAGUUUGCUCUCGCCGUUCAAGAAUGCCAUAUCAAAGAGGACCGUGCCUUGCUUACCAAGUUCUGCCUCCUUCACGGCACUAGCCUGGUUUAUCAAGAGAGAGCGUGGUACCUGGAGCACAACUACCUGACCCCGAACACCAGCCGACAGAUCCGCAACCAGCUGUUGGAGCUGUGCAGAUCGGUGAAGGAUGAUGCGCUGAAGGUGGUCGAUGACUUCAACAUCCCGUCCUGCUGCAUCCAGGCUCCUAUCGCUGGAGUCGCCAAUCCCAGGGCCGAAUGGGCCUUUUACCCGCAGCCACAGUCUAAGCUGUAAAUGAGAGAAUGAAUAUGAAUGUAUUAGAAUGUGGGAGAACAAUUAAGUGAUUUCAGGUUGCUAGUCUGAACAAUGAGGAACUAAUUGGAGGUCAAUGCACUUACGAAUGCAUAGCUGAUGUUUUAUGAUUAAGCAUCAUGCUUUGUGCCAACAAGAAUGGUAGAACUUAAAGGCCUUGAGAAAAUGACAUGUAGGAACAACACUACUAUUUCUUCUUCACUCUUAAAUAUAAAGGAUCCAAAGGGGGUGGGUUUGCAACAAUGCCACAGAAGAACCAUUUUGGGUUUUGGGGUCCACAAAGAAUCAUUUGGUGAAUGGUUCUUUAAAGAACCAUUUGUUAGUUUGAAGAACAUCUAAAGAACCUUAUUUAACAUUCAAAGACCUUUUGUCCAAUAAAAAAGUUCCAUGGAUGUUAAAGAUUCUUCAUUCUGCCAAUAAAGAGCCUUUCACUGAACGUUUCUUAAAAAAAAAAAAAAAAAAUUUUUACUUUGUGUGAAGAACAUUUAAAGGAGCUCAUUGGACUAUCGAGAACCUUUUAUCCAAUGGAAAAGUUCCAUGGAUGUUAAGAGUUCUUAACGGAACUAUCAGUGCCAAUAAAGAACCUUUAUUUUUAAGAGUGUAUGUAGAAGGGAAUUUCAGUUAUAGGAGUUGCACAUUAUGUCUAUCAUACAGGUUCUAAUUUUUUUCCUUAAAUUCCUCAAGUUUUUCAAAUAAACACCAGCUAAAACUGAAUUAAAAUUAUCCAAAUGUACUAAACAUUUGCAGUUUACAAAGGAGCUCUGACAGCUCGGAUCUAAGCUGUAACAGCAUAAAGAAGUGCCGAGAGGCAGAUUUCAGUUAAAUAAUGGGUUAAGAAAAGCCCAAAUGUGAUUAGUCAUCACAUUACACACCGUUUUUGGAUAUUUAUGCAAUUGUACGUACAUUAGGUAACAAUAACCACACUAAAAUGUUGGAUAGACAAUAAUAUAUUACUGCUGCUACAGUUUGCUACUAUCAACUGCCGUAAUUUUACUUUUAUUUACCAUUUGAGCUAAGUAAAGGUAAAUAAUUAGAUCACAGGUUCUAAUUUAGUUAACUUCUACUCAUUGUGGGUCUUUAAAAAAUGUACAUGUAUGCUUUUGUCUUGGACCAAACUACCAAUCAUCAAUUCAGGUUUUGUGUUUU